GACUUAUGUUGGUAGACACGAAUUGUAGCUAACGAUAAAAACGAAAGUUGGGAAAGAUAGUAUCACAAGUUUUCCUUCACUGCUUUAGUUUAAAUUCACAGGAAAAGAUAUGGCAUCUAAACUGAACAUACCGUGUGGUUCAUGUGGAUAUGAGGACAUCUCCAAAAAUGCAGAGAAAUGGUGUACCAUAUGUGAAGAGGGAUUUUGUGGAGAAUGUGAAAAGUACCACAAAUCUAUGAAGUUAUCUAGAGAUCACAAGAUGAUUUCUAUUGAGGACUAUCGUCAAAUAGAAAAUAUUUCCGUUAAUCUGAACUGUGAAAUUCACGGUAAAAAGCUAGAUCUUUAUUGCAAGAAACACGAUAUUGCGGUAUGCGUUGUCUGUAUUCCUUCGGAACAUAAAUCCUGUUCCUCUUCUGAUGUCAUCUCCAUUGAUGACGCAUCGAAAAACGCUAAACAAUCAACUGCUCUCUUAGACUUAGAAGGAUCUAUCUCAACAACGAUAGACAACGUGAAGCACUGUAUCAAAAACCGAGAAAUAGCUCUAAAAAACGUGGACCAAGAUGAACAAACAAUACGGAAAACGAUUACAGACACACGAAAGAAUAUAAAUGAAUACUUGGAUAAACUCGAGAGAAAAUUGCUGCUAGAAUUGAAAUCAAAACAUGAAAACUGUAAAUCCAAAGUCGUGAAAAUUCUAAAUCAAUUGAAGCAAAUGGAGGCACAAGUAGAAAAACUUAGAGAACAGACACUUCAAAUGAAACGUUUUGCAUCUGAUCUUCAAGUCUUUCUAGGAACGCGUCAAUUAAACCAAGCAGUGUGUACAAAAAUCGGAUCGCUCACAGAAGAGAUUAAAGAUUAUACGAAUAACAACAUGGAAAUCGAGAUCCAUCGCGUGAUCGGUUCCUUAGAGAAUGAGAUACAACGGUUUGGUGAAAUUCGAGUUAUUGAAGCAAUGGUCGAUUUACAAUUAAAAGAUGCAAAAACUGACCAGGCUCAGAUACAGAUACACGGAUUAUCGCAAAAUGUUCACAAUAUCAGUCUGCAGCUGAAACAGAAGUUUGACAUCAAAGGAUCAAACCAAGCAAUAUAUGGCUGCAUUGUAUUACCAGACGACCGAAUUAUAGUUGCAGACUAUUAUGGAAGUGGUAAAUUAAUGGAAUACAAUAAUGAUGGCAAACAUAUUCGUGACAUUCCCACCUCUAAUGAACCAUACAGUCUUACGUCAAUAGAUACCGAUCGUAUAGCCGUUACAUAUGGAAAUGCAAAAUACUUGGAGAUUAUAAACACUACUGGUAAUGGUGACAGAAAGAAGGUAAAAUGUAGUGAUAACUGUUGGGAUAUAUCUUACCAGGACCAGAAAUUGUAUGUUGUUGUAUUUAGACAAGGCAUAGUAGUGAUGGACUUGAAUGGAAAGACAUUAAAUACAAUCGAUAUCUAUGCUUCAGGUGUGUCUGAUAUAACAACGACCAGUGACAGGAUAUACUAUACAAACUACAUUAGUAAUUCAGUACACUGCUGUAGCAUGACAGGACAAGAAAUCUGGGUAUUUGAUAAUAAGUCUAUUUCCAAACCGAGAAGGUUAUUCGUGGACAGUAAUCAGAACGUAUUUGUUGUUGGUCAAACCUCUAAUAACCUGACAGUAAUACAACAUGACGGGAAAGAUAGCAAAGUCUUACUUACUGGUCGUGAUGGGCUUGAAUCUCCUACUGUAGUGCAUUACAGCAAUCAAAACAAGAUAGUCUGUUUAGGCUACAAGAAAGGAAGCGUGGCAUUAUACCAAGUGUUGUAA